AAAUAAUCGACGAAGUUUCCCAUUUCCCAUUUCGCCCCUUUCCCAAUCACCCAGAUCAAUUCACCACAUCCGAACUUCAAUUAUCAGCCUGUUGACUUAGAUUUGUUGAAGAAACUAGAACUAUAAUUACAAAAAUAUAAAUAUAAUGUUGAAGUUUCAUCAACUCAGAGUUUCUUCUUCCUUGAUUUCUCCCCAAAAACUCUGCAAUUUCUUCCCUACCAAAAAACCCUCUUCUCUAAUCACCAUUUACAAAUUACCCAUAAUCAAUCUUAGCUUCCAAAUGGGUUUGCAUACGACGCCGUCUCAUGCAUCAAAGUAUCUGUUUCGCCAGCUUUUAGAGAAGGAUUCUUCUACCUACACUUACCUUCUUGCCGAUGUGUCUCAUCCUCAAAAGCCUGCGCUGUUAAUUGAUCCAGUAGACAAGACAGUAGACAGGGAUCUUGCCCUCAUUCAUGACCUUGGAUUGAAGCUUAUAUAUGCUUUGAACACUCAUGUACAUGCUGACCAUGUUACUGGAACAGGGAUGCUCAAGAGUAAGGUUCCUGGGGUGAAGUCCGUCAUUUCCAAAGCAAGCAAUGCUAAAGCUGAUAUUCUGGUGGAAUCUGGUGACAAAAUCUUUGUUGGUGACCUGUUUCUUGAGGUUCGUCCCACUCCAGGUCAUACAGUAGGCUGUGUUACAUAUGUUACAGGAGAUGGACCUGAUCUACCACAGCCCAGGAUGGCAUUCACUGGUGACACUCUGCUGAUACGUGGAUGUGGACGAACAGAUUUCCAGGGUGGAAGUUCAGCUGAGCUCUAUAAGUCAGUGCAUUCACAAAUAUUUAGCUUGCCAGAAGAGACAAUGAUUUAUCCUGCUCAUGAUUACAAGGGUUUUAUGGUAAGCACCGUGGGAGAGGAAAAGCAAUACAAUCCUCGCUUGACAAAAGACGAGGAGACAUUCAAAAGCAUAAUGGAAAACUUAAAGCUGUCAUAUCCAAAGAUGAUAGAUGUAGCAGUACCAGCAAAUAUGGCUUGCGGUUUGCAAGAUCCAGUUCCAACUGCACUCUGAUUUCCAACUGCACUCUCAUCAUUCAAACCAUCAAUAACACUGCGGAUUCUCCUGGCCGUAUACUCGCUGAAUUUCCUACUCCAUAAUAAAUGGCAGCAUUGAAGUAUAGGAUACAUGUAUAGAUCAUAAUGCUAUACUCCAGCCAUGUCUGGCAAGAACAAUUAUAUAUGUUAGCAUAAAUCAUGCAAGUUUGUUUGUGUGUAAAGUCUGUAAACUAGUUAUUGGCCUCCGCGGUUUCCCGAGUCGAUGUAUAUAAAUUGGUAAUUAAAUUCUAAUGAAAAAAGUAAAAUAUAAUACAUUGGUAAAUAAA